AACAAGUUUGAAAAGGUGACUGUCUGUUUUCAUUCAAACAAAUUUCGAUUAAAUUUAGUUUUUCAGUCGAUGUGAUUGAAUGAAAGUUAUUCUCAAAUAAAAAAAUGCUUUCGGUGUGUCAUUAGUUAACGAUAUAACCAGAUGAAACUAUUCCAUAAGAUUACAAUGCUCUUGUGCCACUUGUGUGAAUAUUCGCUUCGGAAUGUUAUCGGAUUAGUGAGUGAUUUUAAAAGAAAAAUAAACUAGUGACAAUUAAAAAAGACAAUGAGUAGAAAUAGAGGCACAAUGGAGACAGUGACCUGGAUGUUAGUUGAAAACACAGUACCAGAUCGCUUGUCAAAUGAUUCCUUAACUCACGCAUUGCAGUUCACAUCAAAAAUUAAAAAACGUACAAAAAUUGUUAAUCGUGAGAUAAGAAAAUAUUCUGGAUUAAAAAGUUAUAAUCAGUAUCUCGACAUUAAGAGAUCUUAUUUGAGAAAUACUUCAGUUGACGAAGAAAGUGAUUACGAACCUAGUUCAAGAUCCAAAAUUGCAAAUUCAAGGGACAGUAAUCCCGACCUUUUGGCUUAUUCUAGUGCUGAAGAAAGUGAAGAUGAUCGUGACUAUGAUGAUAUACUUAUUGGGGAAAAUCCCAUUAUUUCUUUAUCUGGUAGAGAAGACGAAAAUUGCAGCAGGAGAAAAGAAUCAAAGAAAAGCAGUACAGAAAACAGUGAUUCAGAAACUCAAACUUCUCGUUCACCUUCCAUAAGAAACCAACAUACUUCUUUAAGAAUAUCAGUUCAGCCUUCGACAUCUCGAAAGUCAACUGUUCGGAAAUCGAAAAGAGUUCAAACAAUGCUAACAAACUUUUUAGAAAGAAAAAAUAUUUCCCGUCCUGAAGAAACUUCUUCACCGAAAGACGAAGAGCGACAAAUUGAAGAAAAAGAACAUUCUGAAACGACUGAAUCGCCUCCAAAGACUCGAGUUAGUCCUCGAAAAGUUUCUAAACCUCAACUCGAAAGCAGCAACAAAACCUCAGUCCAAAAACGUGUUUUAGAAAAUAGAAAGCUACGGAAUAAAACACGCGAGGACGUCAAGAAAAAUCUCUCUACUAUUAUUGGAGAUUCCGAAACAGAAAACCUAACCGAAAAAAAUUCGGAUAAAAACAAACUGAACGAAACUCAAGAUUCUGAUUUAAAUUUGUCUCACAUGAUGGCUAUCGCCCAAAGUACACAAUAUCCAGACGAUUGCUCAGAUAUUUCUGACAAAACAGAGAAGAAGAGUCUAGUCGGUGAUUUUUUGACCAAAAAAAAUCAAAAUCAGCCGAAAGAUUCAGGAAUUGAAGACGAUUCUACAGAGGAGUCUGCGAAAUUAAAAGGAAAAUGUAAAAAAUUUUUAGACAUUAAGAAAAGCACACCGAAGCAGAAAUAUGCGAGAAAAUCUGCUAUUAACAAUAUAAAUACUAAUCAGAAUAGUUACAAUAAUGAUAAUAAUUUCGGCUUAGAAGCGGAAGAUGCAUCUGAGGUUGAAAGUUUAAAAGGAGCCGAAACAUUAGGAAAUUAUGAGAAUGGAUUUAUACGAAAUAAUGAGCCUCAUAAAGAGAAACAUCCACCGAAAAUUAUUGGAUCGGAAAUUGUGGACAAAAAGUACAAAAUCGUGGGUAAGAAACAAGAAGGUUUAACAGAGAUUCCCGAAGAAGAGGAAGAAAUUGAUGUCGUGGGGAUGGAACAAUGUGAUGAAUCGGAAUCUUCGUCUUGGAAACUGAAGGAGAGCAAAGAAAAUGAUGAGAAGCGGGAAGAAAAAUCUGAGCAACGGAAAAUUGCGAGAAAAGAGGAACAUAGAAAGAAAUCGAAUUUUGGAAAAGAUGAGAAGAUAAAAGAAUACGAGGCCGAGAAAGGGGACGAAGAAGACGAAAGUCAGGAGGAAGUCUUGACUGACCGGGUAGAAGAUGAAAUUGAAGAAAGUGAUGAAGGCCUUGAGAAGAUUAAAAAAUUUAUUAUCAAAAAGCCCAUCGAUAAGAAAUUAAUCAAUCAAGAAAGGACUCCUAAAAAGGGGAAGAAAUCCGAGAAACAAAGUAAGAACAGUAAAAAGGAAAAAGAGAGCAUACAAGAACCGAAUAAAAAAGAUCAUGAAAGUCAUAUUUUCUCAAGUAGUGAAUCUGAUUUCGAGGAGCAAAAGGAAGGGAUGGAAAGUCCGAAGAAACAAUUUGAACAAAAAGAUUCUUUGGAAGAAAAAGAUGAUUCAAUUAAUGAAGAAGGAUUGAAAAACGAGAAACAGCAGGAAAAAAGAAAAGUGGAAGAAAAGGUCAAGGAUUUUAGUAAUGAUGACGACUCAGAGAGCGACAAAGAAGAAAGAAAACAACAGGAAAGAAGAAAAGUUAGCGAAAAAGUAAAGGUAGUUGGUAGUGAGGAAGACUCAGAAGAUAAAAAUUAUAAAUUAAAACGAAAAGAAAUUCAGCAAGAGAAGGUAAAUUAUUCUAGUAGUGAAGAAGACUCAGAGAGUGAAAAACCAGAAGUGAAACAAAAAGAAAUAAUUCAACAAGAGAAGGUAAAGGAAUCUAGCAGUGAAGAAGAAUCGGAAGGCGAAAAAGAAGUAAAGCAAAAAGAAAUCCACGAACCUAAAAACAUAACUGAAAGAAGGAAAGUCAAAAAACUGAAAGAGGAUUCAAAAAGUAAUGAGGAAGAAAAAGAGAAUGAAGAUCCAAAAUUGAAACUUGGUGUAGAAAAUAAUGAUAAGAAAAAUAAGAGUGGUGAAGUUGAUGAAGAAAAAUAUGAGAUAGAAGACAAUGAAGAUCAAGAAAGAGAAGAAUUAAUAUCUGAAGAAUCCAAUCUCAAAAUAGUAGAGAAAGCAUUUACUGACAUUCAAAAUAUUGAUUCAAAUGAGACAGAGAAAAUAGAGAAUGAUAAUGAAGAUUCGAAUGAAGUCAAAAUGGAUUCAAGGGAAAUAUUUACGCAAUUUGUAGAUCGGAAACAUGAUUCUGAAAGUGAAGAAGAGAAACAGGAUGAUGAAGAAUUGAGAUUGACUCUCGAACACGAAGAAACUUAUGUUAACUUGGACGAUAAUAAAAUAGCAAUCGAUGAGCACAAAAUCGAAGUUUCAGAAAAUCCCGAUAUGAGUGAUGAGGGAGAGGAAGUAAUGUCUGCUAAAAGUUUGGAAAAAGUGCAACAGAUGAAAAGAUUGGAUUUGACUAUGGGCAGUGAUAGUUCUUCUGAUGAAGAAUUUUCUCAGGCUCAAAUGAAUCAGGAUAAAAAGUUUGUGAGAAAGGAAAAAUCGUAUUCUUCAGACUCGGAAAGCGAGGAAGAUGAUAAGAAGAAAUCUCCUAAGAAGAAAGAUUCUCCAAAGAAGAAAUCAAAUGAAAAGAAAUCGCCUAAGAAAGAAAAAUCGCCAAAGAAGAAAGAGAUUCCAAAGGAUUUGGUCCGAAGUUCAGGCGAAUCUGAAGAUGAUUCUAAAGAAGAUGAAAACGAGAAAAUUACAGAAGUAGUUCAACCAGAUGAGGAUCGGGAUUUUUAUAAUUAUAUUCAAGAAGGUGUGUCGUUUUUGCAACAGCAAAUAGAUGGAAAAGAGAGGAGUAGUAGUCAAGCUAUAGAAAAUGUAGAAACUCAGAAUUUUGGCUCUUCUCAAGUAAUUUCUGAUCCAGAUACUCAGAUUCCUUUGAAAAAUGAAAAGACGAAGUCAACGGAAAGUAGAAAGAAGGAGUGUCUCAAAUAUGCGCUUGCUAAUUUAGAAAGUGCAAAUACUAAAUUAAAGAAGGGAAUUGAACAUCAGGUGGUCGUUGAUGAAAUGCAGCAAUUGAAAGAAAAUGACAAGGUUAUCACUGAAAAUUUCCAAAAAAUGACGGAGUACGAGGAAUUAGUUAAAAAGGAAAAUCUGAUUGAGUAUAAUGUGCCUACCACAAUAAAUUUGCAAACUAUUUGGGAUGACUUUGACAUGUGGUCGAUUCUAAUUCCGGAAAAGGAAAUUUCAAAAAAUUUGAAAAGAGAGCAAAUGUUUUACAAAGAAAGCGAAUUACAACUUGGCAAAAAAGAGUAUAAAGCAUCUUUGCUGAAACCAGAAACUUUAAUCUUUGUUUGUAGUUCCGAGGAAUCGAAAAUGCCUUACAAAACUGUUGAAAUCAAACCAGUUGCUUCCUUGAUUGUUCGUCCAAAAAAUGCUUUCAUCAAUACUUGGUCUGCGGAAAAUGAACCGAAAAGGAAGAGAAGAAAACGUUGCGAUACCCAAGAAUCUUCAGUGACUAUUUCGAAAGAAGUAACACAUCCAGCUUCCAACAUUCCGAAAAAUCCAAAGAAGAAAAAGAAGAAGAAGAAACUUUUCACUCAAGAAUCCAUGCUGGAUCUGGUAGAGAAAAAACCCGAAGAUAAUGAAUUAGAAUCUUCUCAGGGUUCAGAAGCUGCGAAUACUGCACAGAAAAGGAAACGGAAACACUUUUUAUCAGAGAGCGAAGAAGAAAAAAAAGUUGAGCCGAAGGUCGAUGUUAAGCAAAAGAAAAUGUGGAAUAUUGACGAAUACGCUUUGGAUGAGAAACCACCGGUCGCAACUCCAGAAAACUUGACAGGAAAGAAACAUAAAAUUAACAAGCGUAUCGAUAAUGAAGAUGAAAAGCCAGAAGAUAAUAAAUUUGAAUCUUUUAAGAGUCCACAAUCAGUGAAUACUGCGCAGAAAAGGAAACGGAAACACUUUUUGUCAGAGAGCGAUGAAGAAGAAAAAGUUGAACCGAAAGUCGAUGUUAAGCAAAAGAAAAUGUGGAAUAUUGACGAAUACGCUUUGGAUGAGAAACCACCGGUCGUAAUUCCAGAAAAUCUGACAGGAAAAAAAAAUAAAAUUGAUAAGCGUCUGGAUAAUGAGUCAGGUUCCUCUGACGUAGGACUCUGGGAAGAGAAAAAGCCGAAGAAGGAAAAACUGAAAAAGGAAAAAAAGUUUAAUCAAUUCAAUGAAAGAAAAGGAAAAUCUGAAGCUUCCUGUUUGAAAAUUGAAAAAGGAAAGACGGUACUAAGUAAUUUGAUUGCGGAAUCUUCAGCCAAAAAAGAGAAGUACAACAGUUUAGAUAUUUCGAAAGUGAAGGCAAAAAGUGAUAAGGAACAGAAAGAGUCUGAUUCAUUGUCGAUUAAUAAGGUGAAAAAUGAAAACGAUAAGAAGAAAAAGAAUAAGAAGAUAUUGGAUAAAUGGAUUGUUGAAAUAGCGUCGGAGACGGAGCAGAAAGUAGAAAAACUCCAGCUAAAAAAUGCCAGAAAACCAGAGAAGAAGAAGAAAAAGUCUGGGAGAGAUUCUGAAAAAUUGAACGAUUCUUCGACUGAAAAUAAAAUAGAGAAGACAGAAGGAAAGAACUCGCAGAAGAUCGAAUUAUCAAAGACUGAUCACCAAAGCAAAAAGGAAAGUCUGGAUAAGGAAGACUCUUCUUCUGAUUUCGAAAUCAAGGAUAAAACGAAAAACAAGAAGAAAAGUAAGAAAUUGAAGAGAAGCUUGUUUUUUGAAGAAUAUUCAAACUGGGAUGAUCUUAAUAACCAGAAGGAAAUUGAAUUUAAACAGGAAAAGACUACAAAAACAAUGAAUGGAUUGAUCAAUUUUGAACAUUAAAUUAAGUAAAGCGACGUAUUUCUAAAACGUGAUACAAAUCUUAUUAAGAAAAUGAGAGACGGGAAGAAUCAAUAUUUUUAUUCACAUCUUUCUUCGAUACAUCGAGGGAUUUCUUCAGUUAUGAACAUCCAGAGACAUUCUGCAGUUUCUCGUUUGAAAAUAUCUCUAUAGGUGUGAACGGAUAUUCCACAUUCGUUUCCGAAAAUACUUGUGUACCAGUCUGAGCCUUCAACUGCUAAGCAUUCUCCAGUCAUCAUGGUGUGGAUUUUGGAUAACAAACUACAGGACUUCGAUUUCCGAAUCUACUGAUUUUUCCAAUAGCAUCUUGAGGAACGGUUCCAGCGACUACUACUCCAUAAUUUAUAUUUUCACAAUUUGGUCGAGAGCUUUGCAUAUCGGGCGCAAAGAGUUGAAUUUUAUUUCCAAAUUUAAUAUAAUCUUCAUUUCUAGAAAGUCGGGUUUCUCUGCAUACAUUGUGAAAUAGUUCUCUUAUUUUUUGUACGACCAGUUCUUUAUUCUCACGCUUUUGAAUAUAAAGUUCUGUUUUUUCCUGCAGAGCAAAAUCAUUUCUAAUUGAAUAAAUAUAUUUUUUAUUUCUUAGAAGGAUCUUUUACGCAUUUAUCACUAGUUACUAGGUAGAGGUCUUAAUAAUAUAAACCUUCAAAUAUGGAUGUGCGGUCUCACAGGCCGCACCAUGCUUCUGAUAUGUGGGUCCCUCCACCCUGGUCUUCCUCGAGGCGACCGCACGUCCACGAUAUCAUCACAAUUUUAUAUUUCUGUUUCAAUUUAUUGUAAAGUAUUUAAAACACAAGCUGUCUUGAUUAUCCCUCAUUUGA